UCUACCUGCAAGUUAAAGGCCAAGUUCAAUCUUAGCGGAUACAAGGAUGUGGAGAAGAAGAAGGUGGUUAUUGGGGGGAUGUUUCCAGUUCACCAGCGGAUUUCCUCUGCCGACAGCAACACCUCAAGUAGUCCCGUCUCAUCAGGGUGCGAGGGGUUUAACUUUCGCACAUUCCGCUGGACCCAGACAAUGCUGUUUGCAAUUGAGGAGAUCAACCGGCGCACGGACCUGCUGCCUGACACGGACCUGGGCUACGUCAUCUAUGACUCCUGCUUCACCAUCUCCAAGGCUGUGGAGGGCACCCUCACCUACCUGACAGGCCAGGACGAGGCUGUGCCCAACUACCGCUGUGGUACAGGGGCCCCCCUCGCCUCUCUGGUGGGGGCGGGGGGCUCUGAUCUGUCUAUUGCCACUGCCAGGAUACUAGGACUCUAUCACUUCCCACAGGUCAGCUACUCUUCUUCCUGCUCAGCACUGGAGAGCAAGUUCCAGUUCCCCACCUUCCUGAGGACCAUACCCAGUGACCACCACCAGUCUGCAGCUAUGGCCCAGUUGGUGCUGCACUUUGGUUGGACCUGGGUAGGCACCAUAGCCGCCGAUGAUGAUUACGGAAAGUACGGCAUCAGGGAAUUCAAGGAGCUGGUGGAGGAGGCGGGGGUUUGCAUCUCCUUCUCUGAGACUCUGCCCAAAGUGAGUUCUCCAGAGGACAUCCAGCGCAUAGUAGACACAGUGAUGGAGUCCACAGCAAAGAUUAUUGUGGUCUUCUCCUCAGACGUGGACCUCAGUCCUCUCAUUGUGGAACUGCUCAGACACAACGUCACCAACCGGACCUGGAUUGCGAGCGAGGCCUGGGUCACCUCUGCUCUCAUUAACCAGCCAGGGGUGAGCUCAGUGUUGGGUGGUACCCUGGGCUUUGGGGUUAGGAGAGCUAAUAUUCCUGGUCUUCAGCGCCAUCUACUGGACACGGAUCCAUAUGCUGAUCCACUCAACGUGGAGUUCUGGGAAACGGUGUUUAACUGUACAUUGGACUACAGAAAGGCCCUGAAACAGACCAGAGAGGUGUCCAUGUCAGCUAGUGGUACCCUGUCCAGAGGGGUGAGGGGGGUUCCUGAUGGACUGUGUACAGGCCUAGAGUCCCUGAAGCAGCUCAAUAACACUUACACUGAUGUCUCCCAGCUACGACUCACCUACAAUGUGUACAAGGCAGUGUAUGCAGUGGCCCACGCCUUACACAACCUGGAACACUGUGUGUCUGGACAGGGGCCAUUCAACAGAAACAGCUGUGCUGAGAUCUCUAACUUUGAGCCAUGGCAGUUGAUGUACUAUCUGAAGAAUGUGCAUUUCAACGUUCCCCACACAGAAGAGGAGAUACUAUUUAAGGAUGGGGACAUAGAUGGCUACUACGAAAUCAUUAACUGGCAGGUCCGAGGUGAAGGGUCAGUGUCUUAUGUCCCUGUGGGCACCUACAAUGGCACAGCACCCCAUCAGGCCAGGAUGACCAUACUGAAUGAAUCCAUUAUGUGGAAUAAUGAAGUAUUGGACCCUCCUCGGUCAGUGUGCAGUGAAGACUGUCAGCCAGGCACCAGAAAGGGUAUCAGGCAGGGAGAGCCUGUGUGCUGCUUUGACUGUAUCCCCUGUGCUGAAGGCGAGGUCAGCAACACAACCAAUGCCCGUGAAUGUAUCCAGUGUGGCGAGGACUACUGGUCUAAUGUUGCCCGUGACACCUGCAUCCCCAAGACCAUUGAGUUCCUGGCUUUUGGACAGCCUCUGGGGAUCACCCUCAUUGUCAUCUCUGCCUUCGGGGCCCUGGUCACCAUAGCUGUGGGGGGGGUGUUUAUCAUCCAUCUUGGCACUCCCCUGGUGAAAGCCAAUGAUGCUCUCCUUAGUUUCUCUCUUCUGUUCUCCCUGAUGGUGACCUUCCUCUGCUCCAUUGUCUUCCUCGGAGAGCCCCAACCCUGGAGCUGCAUGACCAGCCAAGUAGCCCUGGCUCUGGGUUUCGCCCUCUGCCUAUCCUCCAUUAUGGGUAAGUCAGUGGUGUUGAUGCUGAGGGCCCGCGCUCUGAAGGUGGCCCGCACCAAGGCCAAGGCAGUAGCCAAAGUGGGUAAAGCUGCCGCUGAGGCAGCCGACAACAGCGGCAGCCCGGAUGUAAUUGUAACCAACACAAAUAACAACACAGACGGUUGCGUAGGUGGGAACCCCGAAGUCGAUAUCCUCACCUUUACCCACCAGAGGGUAAUUGCUGUUGUGGCAACACUAAUUCAGGCGGUGGCCUGUACGGUUUGGCUCAUCAUCCUCCCACCAUAUCCUGUCAAAAACACAGCAGCCCAGAAUGUGAAGAUCAUCCUGGAAUGUGAUGAAGGUUCAGUAGUCUUCAUCUGCUGUAUCUUUGCCUAUGACAUCCUACUGGCUUUGUUGGCCUUCAUCUUUGCUUUCAUGGCACGUAAACUGGAGGACCACUUCAGUGAAGCAAAGUCCAUGACUUUCGGCAUGCUGGUCUUCUUUAUUGUGUGGAUCUCCUUCGUCCCUGCAUACCUUAGCACGCGUGGCAAGUUCAUGGUCGCCGUCCAGAUCUUCGCUAUCCUUGCCUCCAGUUUCGGCUUGCUGGCCUGCAUAUUCCUACCCAAGUGCUACGUCCUUUUGGUCAAACCUGAACGCAACAUCGAGGAGCGGAUGAGGCCCCGUUCCAAACCACGCGAUGGCAUGUCAAGCGGGACCUCGGCCUCCCUGGCUACGACUGCUACAGAGGUCAAUGCCACAACUGCCUCAACUGCUAUUGAUGAUUAA